AUUUUUACUAUUCAUAGACAUUAAAAGUUUAUGAAUUUAAGUAUUGUUAUAUUUUCUAUUAUACUAUUUUAAGUAUUCUACAGUGACUGAAUUUGAUAGGUAUAUUUCUGAAAUCCUGUUUUGUUUAAGUGUAGAUACUUUGAAGAUUAGCUUGCAUAUACGUGUAAAAGGGUACAAUUUUUGAUAUCUAAGCAUUAAUGUGGUAAAUAUUAUACAAAUCCAAUAAUAUUUUAAAGUUUUGAAGUCGCGUAUUUGUAGGUCAUACGGUAUCAUGAGUUUGGAUUUAGUAACAGGGAAUUUUUUUCUUUUUUUUUUAACAGGGAAAUUUGGUUGUAAAAUGAUAUUUUGCAUAAAAAUCUCGACUGCUUUUAUAUUAAUACAUAUUGUAUAGCACUAUCAUGUUAUUAAAACAUAUUCUAUAGCCCUAUCAUAUGAUCUUAUAAUACUUAAACGAACCCUAAAAUGAUAUUUAGAAUGUUCAUAAACAACAGUCUUGUUAAUGUAUAUUAAUAGUAAUUUGUUGAAAGUAUACACGAAAAUUAUUAUAGGGCAAAUGUUUUAAACCGGUAGGUAUUGUGUUGACAGUAAAAAAUAUAUGUUUGCUAUCUUAACUAACUACGCUGGAAGAGAAAUGAAAUUUAAAAAUAAGUAGUUAUUGGAAUUAAAUAGAUUUAGUGAAAAAUAAAUAUAAUUAAAUAACAUAGGUUUUAAAUAAAGCAGUGACACUGUUUUAAUAAUAUUGAUAUGGUUUGUCUAAAUCAAAGUAAGACCAAAAUAUUAUUUAUUAAUGAAAGGGUCCAAACAACAUUUUUUAAGUAGAUUUAUUUAAACUCCUUCCCUUUUAAUAGUAUUGAUAUGCUAGUAUAAAGAAUUAAAAACAUGUAAAAUAUUAUGAUAAGCUGUAAGUUUUGAUAAAACGUCCAUUUAACCGAUGAGAUCAUUCUAAACCACUACUUGUAUUAUUUACUAUUAUAGUUUUAUGAAUAUUUAAGUAAAGUAAAGCGUACCCAUUUCACACUACAUUAGUGACUUGCUUGCAUUGAUCCUCUACCAUAAAGAAAUCCUUUGUCUUUAGUUUUCCAAAUACUUAGCAAUCUCUCCUCUUCUUUUCCUUGCCUUUUUCUUUCUUGGCUUUUUCUUCUCUCCUGAUAGAAACUUUUUCCAGUCAAAAUUUAAGAGCUUUAAAGUAAAACUUCCACUAAGGUUUAUACAUAUACUGAGCCACACAUUUUCUCUUCUCGUUCCCUCUUCUCUUCUAUCUAGGUUUGGUCUAAAAUGGCGUCAAAAGGAAAGACACCAGUAAGAAGAACAACUCCAAGAAGAAGAAAAACAAUCAAGAAUUCAUCUUCUCCAUAUAGUAUCAAUAGUGACGUCACUUCAACGUUAUCAUCUACUUCCAUAUCUUCAACCGCUACGUCAACGUCGCCGAUUUCAUCCCAUGGAUGUUGUACGCCGAAGUCUACGAAGUCAAGAAUACCGGAGAUGCUGACGUGUCCGCCUGCGCCGAAGAAGCAAAGGGUUGCCCAAAACUCUGCUUUGAGGAGGAGACAAAUCACUUUCUUUGCUCCUCCAGAGAUAGAGCUCUUAUUUGUUUUGGCACUUGGUAAUAAUCAUGGUCAACAAAUCGACAAAUAAAGUUAAGUUUUAAUUAUCGUUUUGUGGCUCUUCUCAUGGUAUGAUCAAUCUCAAGCUUCUAGUUUGAUUCAAUAAUACAAUGAUUGAAGAUGUAUUAUAGAGAGUGUAGUGUGAUGUUUUUACCUUUUUUUUUCUUAUCUUGCUUUAAAUUUCCCCUCUUUGGCUCUUUUUGUUUUUAGUAUUUGGAUAAUUUUGAAUUAGGUAGGCUUGAAUUUGUGGUAGGGUAUAAUAUAACUAAU